AUGGAUAUCGAGAAUUAAGACAUCUAGGAAUCUUAAGAAUAACCUAAUUUUAGUAGAGAAGAUAUACCAAAUUUAGUUUUUUUGUAAGAUAGCACAUAAAAAAGUGAAAAUAAUUAAAAUACACAUCUUGAAGCUGAUUCAAAUGACUAAAUUGCAGACAAAUAAAAUGAACAAAAUCAAACAUAGAUGGAAGAAGAAUAGGACUAGAUAAUUUCUUCAAAUGAAAUUAAGGAAUAAUAGUAAAUUACUCAUGAUUUUUAAUAAGGAAUAACAGAAGUUAUGAUUCAUUCUGAAGAUAGUGAUUCUACAUUGAAAUAAGAUAAAACUAUGGAUGAAAAAUAAGGACAACAGGAAGCAUAUGUGGUAAAUUAAUAAGAAAAAAAUACGCAAGAUGCUGUUUAGUUAGAAGUAUAGUAAAUUGGUUUAUAAUCUAAAAAUGACCAAGUUGAGAUAGAAAACGAUAUCAAUACAACAUUAAAUACAAGUAAUUCAAGCUAAGAACAAACAAUUUAAGUAGUCUAAUAUGAUGUAGAGAUUUAAAAUGGUAAACUAAAUAAUGAAGAAUAAAAUCAGAUACAAAUAAUUGAAAAAAAUAAUGUUGAAUAAAUUAAUUGUGAAAAUACUAAUGAAAAAGUAGAAGAAAAUAAUUCAAAUAUAAAUAUUGAACCAAAUUAAAGCUAAUUUGAAACAAAACUAAUUGAAUCAAAAGAUUCUGGUUAAUAAAUAUAAAACCAAGAAGAUAGCUCUUUAUUUGAAUAAUUAUAACAUUAAAGUCAAGAUUUAUAAAAUAUGAAAACAACUUUAGAAGAAAAAAUUAAUUUUAGUGAUUAUGAAUAAGAAUAAAAUAGUGAAACGGUACAUAAUCGUAAAUCAGAAGAAAAAAAUUAAGAAAAUUCUUAGGAAUUAAAUGAUUUUUAAGAAGAAAGUAAUUAAGAUGUUAAUCAUUUGCAAAAUUGUGAGGAGAAAAUAACUUCAGAAUAGUAAAAUAAUAAUUAAUAAAACUUAUCAAAUAAUUAGCCUCCUAACAGUGAAGUUGAUAUCACAGGUUUUGAAUAAAAUCUUUCUAAGCAAACUGAAUAAAGUCUUGAAAGUGAUAAAUGUGAAGAAACAUAAAAUUUAGAUUAAAAUUAGUUUUCUGAUGAAAGAAAUAUAGAAAAAGAAAACAUUGCUUAAAUGGAAAAAGAUACUGAAAUUACUGAGCAAAAAUAAAUAAUUGAAUCACCUUUAAAAUAAAUUUAAGAGGAAAUAUUAUAAAAUGAAAGUGAUUUAUGCAAUUUAAGUUAAAGCAAUUCAAAAUAAAAAGAAAUAACUGAAUAAUAAAUUCAAAAAAUAGAAACAAAUUAAAAUUACAUUCAGAAUGAAAAUAAUACUCAGGAUAAAUUUAUUGAUAACACAGGCUAAGUUGUUUAAAUAGAAAUGGAAGAUGACUAACAAAAUGAGUCAAGAAAAGAUGAAAACGAAAUGAAGCAUGAUGACGAAGAAUCAAAUAAAAAUUUAAAUUUAGUUUAAUAAGAAGUAGAAGAUUUAAAUAAUAUUAACUCUUCCUUUCAAGAGAUCUAAUAAAAUAAAGAUUAAAUACAAAUAGAAGAAACUAUAGACCAAGCAGAUAAUUAAAAUACUAUUUAAAGCAAUGAAAAUUUAGAAAUAUAAUCAUAAGACUAAAAUGUGGUUAGCUAACUAUCUUAGAAUGAUUUUUUGAUUAAUACUUAAUAAAAUGAUGUAGAAUAAUAAGAAACCUUAUAAAAUCAAUCUUUAAAUAUUUAAGUUAAUGAGUAAAUUUAAGAUCAAAUUAUUAAUUUGAGUGAAGAAUAAAUUAAUUUCUCUAAAAACUUGGCUAGUCCUUAGAGAUAAUAACAAGACAAUCUUGAUAUAAUUACAAAUAAUGUCAAUUAAUAAAGUAAUAUAUUAAGUUCUCAUGAAAAUAAAUUGGACAAUAGUUUUUAAGAAAAUUAAGUUCAUCAAAUAGAAGAAAUUCAAAAUUAGCAUGAAACAGAUUAAACUAUGUAGAUAGAGAAAGAAAUAGAAAAUAUAAGCGAAUAAACAGAUAAUAACGUUUUAUCUCCAUAAAAAUAAAAUAUAGAAUAAAUUAAUAUUCAAGAAAACAAAUAAUUAGUUUAGGAGGAAAUGUAAAUAGAGUGUAAUAUCAUCCAAGCUUAUGUAUCUGAAAAUCUUUAAGGAGUUUAAAUCAAUUAGUAAAAUAAUUAAGAUAGUUAAGAAUACAUUUAAUAAUAAACCAUUCCAAAUAACAAUGAAAAUUAAUCAUAAAAGCAAGAAAUAUUAUAAAAUAUAACAGAAAGCAAAGAAACUUAUUUAAAAUCAAAUGAAGAAAUAUUAUAGGCUGUUGAAAUAGAUAAUUCAUAAGUUUUGCUAAAUGAAAUUACUGAUUAAACUGUUGAAUAAAACAAAUUUGCUGACAUUUAAUAAAAUGAUAAAAUAAAUGAAAGUAAUUAAAAGUAAUUAUAAAAUGAUUUACAAAAUUUAGAAGAUAAAGAAAAAAUAGAUAUAUCAGCAGAUGACCUAGAAAAAUAGAAACAACGCAAUUUAGAAAAUAAUAACAACUAAACUAUUUUGUAAGAUUAUUCUGAUAUUUCAUAAUCUGAAUAAAGUUCUGCUUAAAAUAAUAAUUUUUAGCAAAAUUAAGAAAAUUAGUUGGAACUUAAAUAAGUUAUAUACAAUGAUAAUGAAUUGAAAGAUUAAUUUGAAAACAUGCAAUAAAUUUUAUCUUAAUAAUAAAAUAAUUUAGAGUCUUUAGAGAAAAAGUAAAGCAAUCAAUCUGAUGACUUAGAAAUGACAGAAGAAAGAGAUAUGUCAACGAAAGAAAUAGCAGAACAAAUUACUUUAGACAAUUAGUAAAAUCAUAAAUUUGAUGGUUCAGAAAUCACUGAAAAUAAAGAUAUACCAAAAGAAGAAAGAACAGAAGAAACAAUUUAAAAUGAAAUUGAUUAAAGUAUUUAUUUAUAAGAUGAAUUGGUUAACUAAUAAACUGAUUUAAAUAAUUAACAUAUUCUUAAUAAAUAGUAAGAAUAGUAAAUUUAAGAAUAAGUCAUUAAUGAAACAAACCUUUUAAAUAUUUAAAAUUAAAUUCAAAUAGACACAGAAACUGACUAAUAAUUACUUGAAAAACCUUAAUAACUAAAAUCAUCCGAAGAUUAAAAUGAUGUAAUUAGCUAAGAGAAAUAGCAAUCUGAAGUAUAAAAUAUUAGUAAUUAAGUUUUAAGUUAGGAAUAUGAUCAAAUGAAUAGUGUAUUGCAUAAAGAGUGUUUUGAACAAUAAAUUGAUGAGCUUUAAAUAAUUGAAACACCAAAUAAAAUGGAAUCUUAGCAAAAUCUUGUUGAAUAAAUAAUAGAAUAACCUAACUAAUUAAAUAAUAACGAAAAUCAUGUUGAAGUAAUUUAAUAAGAAGACAGUCAAUCUGAAGAAUUAUAAAGAAAUAAUUUAGCUUCAGAACUUAGUUUAAAAUAAAAUAUCUAAUUAGAAGAAACUAACUAAGAUGAUAACUUGAAACAGACAUAAAUUAUUGAAGAAAUAGAAGUAGAAGAAGAUAGUGAAAACCAAACUGAUAGAUAGUCAUAAUAAGAUGUAGUAUAAUAGCCAGUAGAAAAUAUUCAAGAAGAAUUUAUUUAAUAAUAAAAUGAUAAUACUUCAAUGGAAUUAGACGAGAAUUAAAAUAAUUAAGAAUAAAAGGCUGAUAUUUAGUAAGAUUAACAACAAUAAAACCAAUAAAUUAUAGAAGCAAAUUAAUAAUAAUAACUUUUAAAUGUUAAAUCUGAAUAAAUUAAUUUAUAAGAGGAGAACUUGGCUAUACAAAAUAAUUAUUAAAACUAAAAUGAAAUUAAUGAAGUUUUAAAUUAAGAGCAAUUAGAUAAAGCAGAGAAUAAAGAUAUUUAGUUACAAGAAAACUAAAAUAAUUAGGAAAUAAUAAAAGGAGAUUUUAAUUAGUUAGAUGCUUAAUAAUUAGAAUAAAGUGAAGAGGCUAAUGCUUAACUUAAUGAUUAAUUAUUCUCUCAAACUUAAUCUGAAAAUUAAUUGAAAGAAAAUGAAACAGAGUUAGUAGAUUCUAAUAUAAAUCAAUCAAUCAAAGCGCAAAGUUAAUUAACAGAGGAUUAAUAAAUAGCCUCAGAAAAUAAUCACAAUACUUAAAACAAUCAUAACUCAAGUAUGCUUGAACAAAAUUUGGAAGAAAAAAUUGUUUAGGAAGAAGAAUAAAAUAUUAGUACUGAAAAUUAAAACAAAUAAGAAAUUUAUGAACAUCAAAAUACAACCUAAGAUAACUAGUAAGAGGAAAUGCAUUAGUAAUUAAAUACUAAUAUUUAAGAAAUAAAUGAUAAUUUAGAAGUUAGUUAAAAUAAUUAAUAAGAAGAUGAAAAAUAACUUGAAGAAGAAAUUUAGUAAAUUUAAGAAUAAAAUUGUUCUUAAAUUUAACAAGAAUUAAUAGAUAUUAAUCAAACUAAAGAUAACUAGCAAGAAUAAAUAGUAAAUAGUAAAAUGCAAGAAAUAGAUAAUAAUUAAGAAAUCGAUCAAAGUCAUUAAUCAUAAAAUGAUUAAUUCUUCUCUAAAACUUAAACUGAAAAUGCCUCAGAAAAUAAUCACAAUACUUAAAGCAAUAAUGAUUAAAGUAUGCUUGAACAAAAUUAGGAAGAAAAAAUUAUUUUGGAAGAAGAAGAAUAAAAUAUUAAUACUGAAAAUUAAAACAAAUAAGAAAUUUAAAUAGAUAUAACUGAUUAAGACAGCUCUCAUUAAAAAGAAAAUGAUAUUUAACUAAUAACAAAUGUUAACUUAGAAGAUACUCUUAAUCAAACUAAAUAAUAUGAACAUCAAAAUACAACCUAAGAUAACUUGUAAGAGGAAAUACAUUAGUAAUUAAAUAAUAAUAUUUAAGAAAUAGAUGAUAAUUUAGAAGUCAGUUAAAAUAAUUAAUAAGAAGAUGAAAAAUAACUUGAGGAAGAAAUAUAGUAAAUUUAAGAAUAAAAUUGUUCAUAAAUUUAACAAGAAUUAAUAGAUAUGAAUCAAACUAAAGAUAACUAGCAAGAAUAAAUAAUAAAUAGUAAAAUGUAAGAAAUAGAUGAUAACUAAGAAAUAGAUCUAAAACAUUAAUCAUAAAAUAAUUAAUUAAUUGAAGAAAAAGAAUAACAAUAACACUUAUAAGAAUUGAAUUCUUCAUAAAUUUAAAAAGAGUUGGCAGAUAUGAAUCAAAAUGAAGAAUAAAAUAUUAUAAAUGAACUUACAAACCAUAAAUAGCAGCUUGAAGUGAGUAUAUAAGAGUUUAAUUAAAGUUAAUUAUUUGAAAAUUAAAAUUUUGAUGAAAAUUAAACUGCACAAAAAAUUAGUGACGAAGAAAUUAAUUAAAAUGAAAUUCUAUAAAAUAGCUAAUAAACAUAGGAUAUGUAAAUUAUUACUAUUAAUUCUGAAGAAGAAUAAAUAAAUCAGAAAUAGAUUUAAAACUAAGAGGAUAUUUUACAUAAUCUCCAUAUAGAAUAAGAACAUUAAUAAAUUUAGACUGAAAAUAUACCUAAUGAAACUGAAAUUAAUAAAAGUAGCCUAGAUGAAAAUAAGUUACAAACAGAAGAGCAAGAUAACGAUAAUUAAGAAACUACAUAAAAUGAUAGAUUAAACUUAAAUGAUAUUGAAUAUACUCAUUAAAGUUUAAAUAAUGAGAUUAUCAAAGAUGAUACUACUGAAUAGCAUUAUGUUUAAUCAGAAUUAUUAAGUUAAAUAUAAUAUAACUAAUAAAAAAUUGAAGAAAAUGAAUAAAAAGAUUAAGUUAUUUUAAUAUAAUAAGUUAAUUAAAACUCCUUACCCUUAAAAGAGAGUCAAUAAGAAUAAUUAGAAAUCAAUGAAUAGAUUUAAAUUUAAGAUCAAAAAUAAAAUAUGGCUGAUAUAAUUGUGGCGUAAGAAAACAUUUAAAUUGAAUAAUUAAAUGAACAAGAAGAAUUAAUAAAAGAAUAGUAAAAUAUAGAUAAAAAUAUUAUUAUUAAUGAAUAAAAUAAUAUUAUAGAUAGCAAUUAGUAAGACUAAUAUGAAAUUCUCUAAGAAACAUAGUUGAAUACCAUGUGUUCAGCAAAUGAUAUCUAAAUAUUACAUUAAAAUGAACAUUUAAUGUAAGAUGAAAAUAUAACUUAAGAAAAUUAAGAUUAAAAGUUAACAUAAUUAAUAGAUAGCUAAUUUUAAGGAUAAGAAAUUGAAAAAAUGAAUGAUGACAAAACUGAUGAUUAUCAGGCCACUAAUUCUAUUUAAGAAAUAUAAAAUAAUUCUUUUGAUUUAAAAGAAGGCGAUCAAUAAAUUGAAUAGACUCUUGAUUAAUUAUGUGAUACAAAUAAAUCUAUUUAAAAUGAAAAUAAUAUAUUAGAAUAAAAUAAUAAUAUAUAAGAAAAUUAAAAUAUUAACCCUGAUUAAGUGGUUUCAUCGAAAGAUCAACUUGAAAAAUAGGAUGUUGUGUCAUCUAAUAUUUAAUAACUAUUAGAAUAAAAUAUUUAAGUUAUUAAUGAAGAUUAAUAGUUUUAACAAGAAAUUGGUUUGAAUGAACAGUAAUAAAACAUUCAAGAGGAAAUAUAAGAAGAAUAAAAUUAAAUUUAAACUGAAUGCAAAGACAAUCUAUUAGAAUAACAAUAGUAAGAAAAACCUUGUGAUUAAGAUUAAAUAUUCGUAUAAGAUUUAAACGAAAGUGCAAAAAAAUAAAUUUAAAAUGAAGAUUUAGAUAACUAGCUUUAUCAUCAAAAUAAAAAUCAAUUGCAAACAUAAUAAUUAUAAAACGAAUUAAAUUCACCUGAAAUUAAUAAUUUAUAAGAUUGUUUAAUUGAUAACUAAGAAUUAGCUAGAGAAGAGCAAAAGUUUAGUUGCAAAUCAAAGUUAGAAGAUGAAAUAGAGUCUCUUAAUAAUUCAAAAAUAUUAGAUUGUAUUGAAAAUGAAAAAUCCAAACCCUCUCCCCAAGAACAAAUAUUUGAAAAUGGAUUUUAUGUUAGUCCAAUAAAAAAAUAGCAAAAUGAUGAUAACUUUAUAGAUAUUGCUAGUGGCAUAAUUGAUGAUCAAGAUUAAGGAUAAUAAUUAAUAAAAAAUAGUGUAUAAAAAAUUUUGGUUGAACAAGAAUAACCUGAAAAUGAUUAAGGAUAAGAAUAAAAUUGUAAUGAGAUAGAAAACAAUUUAGAAAAAACAAACUGUUAAGAAAAUGAAGAAUUAAUAGAAGAUCAUAGUCAUGAAUAAGCUGAAAAUAACGACUAAAAGGAACAACUAUGCUUAAAAAAUGGCGAAAAAGUUAAUUAUAUCGAAAUUAUCAAAAAGUAUGAACAAGAAAACCUAAAUGAAUCUAUCAGCAUAAUAAAUGAUAAUUUAGAUGAUAUUACAGAUAACAAUCUGCUUUACUAGCAUCUUAAAAAAAUAUCUGCAAGAAGAAGUGCUGCUAAAUCUUCGAUUAAGAAAUUACUUUCUGAAAUAAAUCUUGACAAAGAAAACCAAUUAAAUAAUGAAAAUAAUUGUUAAGUAGAUAGAAAAUCUGUUAGUAAGCUAAAUUAAAGCAAGUCGAUAUCGAAACAAAGCAUUUCUUCUAAAAUAUCAAGUAUUAACAAAAUGAAUUAUGAAACAAAAGAAUAAUUGCAUAAAAGUAGUUUGAAUAAUGAAAGAAAUGAGCGUAUUAAAGUUAAUUUGUUAAAUGAAUUUUCUGAAAGUGAAAAGAAUAAAAUACAAGAUUAUGAAUAGUUAGCAGGUGAGUCAAAGCUUAGCAAUAUAUAUCCUUUUAAUUUACAAAGCAGAAUUACAAUAUAUGAUGAUGAGGAGGAAGAAUAUAAUCUAGAAAAAUAAAAACACCCUCUAGAUGUUAUUGAUGAAGAUGAAGAAUAAAGACUGUAUAAAUUUUUGUUAAAUUUGAGAGAACCUUGCUCUUUUUAAAUGAUAUAAAGCAGAUUCCCUUAUCAUAAACCCUAAGAAAUAAUGGCUACUAUAGAAGAGAUGAAACAACAAAAGAAAUUGAAUACAGUUUAGAUGUUUUUAAAUAAAAAACUUAAAUACCACAGUGUAAGAAUGGAAUAUUAUGAUACAGAUUAGCACAUUUUAAAUAAUUUGGGUACAUGUGAUUCUAAUUAAGAAGAUAAUAUACAAAAUAAAAAUGAAGAAAAUGUAGAGGUUGAUGAUAAAACUUUUGAAUUUAAAGAUUAGAAUAUACUCUAAGAAGAAGAGUUGUCCUCUUAUAAAAAGUCUUUAAGUAUUCAUUUUGCGUACCUAGAGCAAAAGAAAAAGUAAUUAGAUGCAAUGAGUUAAAUAAAUUAAAAGAAAGAAUAGCUCAUUGAAUUAAUGAAUAUUGGAAAUAACUUAUUUAAUAGAUUAGCCACAAUAAAAAACUAAAAUAUUAAUUAAAUUAAAUAAACAUAUGGUAUAUAAGACUAAGAAUGA